AUGAAUGGAAAUAAUAUAAAAGGUUUAAAAGGAAAUGAAAAAAUAAAUAUAAUUUUUUUAUUUAUGGGACAAUCUAUUCAUUGGAGUGGUAUGUCAAAAGAAUUAUAUGAUAAUGAAAUUAUUUUUAAAAAUGAAAUGGAUAGAAUUGAUAAUUGGUUGAAUGAAAAAUAUUUUGGAUACUCAAUGAUUGAAAAAUUAAGAAAUAUCGAUGAUACAAAGAGCGAAGAAUUAUAUGAACAAUGUUUAUCUCAUUCAAUUUUAUUCAUGUUUCAAGUAUCAUUAUUUAAAUUAUUAAAACAUUAUGGUAUUGAACCAAAUUUUAAUUUAGGACUUAGUUGUGGCGAAAUUGCAUCUUCAUAUUGUUCUGGCUUAUUAGAUUUUGAAAAUGCUUGUUAUAUUUUAUAUAAUAGAUCAAUUCUUCUAAAGAAAACAAUUAAAUUAUCUUUAAAUAAUAAUAAUAAUAAUAAUAAUAAUAAUAAUAAUAAUAAUAAUAAUAAUAAUAAUAAUAAUAAUAAUAAUAAUAAUAACAAUAAUAAUAAUAUUAAUAAUAAUAAUAAUAAUAAUUUUAAUAAAUUUGAAAAUGGAUUUUGUAAAAUUAAUAUUACAGAAAAAGAAUUUAAUGAAAAUUAUUUAAAAAAGUAUGAAAAUAUCGAAAUUGCAAUUUAUUGUUAUGAUAAUUUGAUAAUUGUUGGUGGUAAAAAUAAGGAUUUAUUAAAUCUAUCAAACGAAAUUUCAAAAGCUGGUAUUUUCACUAAAAUGAUACCAGUACCAACAUCAUUUCAUACUUCUUCACAAGAUAUCGUUAAAAAUGAAAUUAUGAAUUUAAAAUUUAAUUAUUUAAAAAAUCCAAUUUCUUUAUUCUCAUCAAAUUCCAAUAUAGUACCAAUGAUGUCAUGUGUUAAUACUAAAUUUUUCAAUGUUUUGAAUAAUGAAGAUAUUGUUGUUCCUGUUAAUGAUGUUAUAUGUAACCAACAGAAUAAUAACAAUAUUAAUAAUAAUAACAAUAAUAAUAAUAAUAAUAAUAAUAAUAAUAAUAAUAAUAAUAAUAAUAAUAAUAAUAAUAAUAAUAAUAAUAAUAAUAAUAAUAAUAAUAAUAAUAAUAAUAAUAAUAAUUUAUUUUUAUUUGAUAAUGAAUUUCUUUUUCAAAAUAUUAGAGCCCCAGUUAAAUUUAAUCAAACUAUUAAAAGAUUAUUUAAUCAUAUUGAAAAUAAUAAUUUAGGUGAAAAAGUAGUUUUUGUUGAAAUUUCUCCAACUCCAGUAUUUAUUAAUUAUAUUUCAAAUAUUAUUCCAAAAAAUGAUUAUUUCAAAAAUGAAUCAAUUUUAUUAUUAUGUCCACUCUCAAAAGGUAAAUCUGAUAUUACAACAUUCUUUGAUUCAAUUGAAAAAAUUAAUAACUUUAAAAAAUAA